CUUGCAUCAGGUGCGUUCGUUCACGCGUUCGAGCGUGCUGUGGAGUGUAGAGAAGCGUGAAAAUAAAUAAAUCAGCCAUUGUGGCCACUGCAGCAGCGUUGCAUUGAUUGUUCUGUGACCGUGUGAGGAUCCCAUUGUCCUGAAUUUAUCUGCAAACCCGAGUGCUGUCUCCGGAGCAGGAUUCCGUUCUCGUGGUGUGUAAAGUGCUGAGUUCGUGGGAAGAAGGAGGAAGAAAGAAGUGAAGCAACCAUAACUGAAUCAUCUUCCGCCAGCGGGAAAACCCGUCCAUUCCCGGGGGGCGCUGUAUUCCUACGAGGCAGGUGAAGCAUGAGCCGUCUGGGGUGAUUGUGAUUGAAUCCGGAAGUGUGCCCAUCUAUUGGUUCGCAGCCAUUUUGCCGUGGCUGGCAGCUUCGAUGAUGUAUGGCUGAGGGGAGGGGCUGACCCGAAGCAGCACUGUUGUGUUUUUGUUUUCGUGCCUGGUGCGACGGUGCAUUUCUUGUGUUCAUGUUAGUUUCCGUGACAACAAAUCAACCUAGUGGCCGAGUGGUGACGAAAUCAAAAACAAACGUAUUGUUCUGUUGGCGCCGAGCGGGCUGAACGGUGUCAGCCAUUGGAAAAUAGUCUUGCUCGUUCGUCAUACAUCCACUGCGUGCGAACGGGAAAAAGGUUAAAACCUUCCGUCGAAACCCGUGUUGUGCGGAUAAGUGUGAUUGAUAAGUCACAGCCAGGCACGGGUGGCUUCAGCGAUGGAUUCGUUGCGAAAAUGGUUGAACAAACCAAAGGCCGACGACAAAUCGCUGCUGGCACGAUUUUACCAUGCGGAUCGUGCCCUGACAGCGAUCGCCAGCGAGCUGGACAGUUUUGAUGGACGAACCGAGCCAGUACGAUGCACCCGGCUAGUUAGCCGUCUUCGUCAGGGCCAGGAUCGUGUCCUAGCCAUCACGAAUCAGAUCAUGGACGAGCUGCUCUGCGACGAUCGCGCACCGCGUGCCUUUCGAGUGAAGUUCCCCGAGGAGGUGCUGCAGGAGAGCCUGGCCGGGCAGCUGUGGUUCGGCGCGGAGUGUCUGGCGGCCGGCUCGUCGAUUCUGAACCGCGAGGCCGAGUCGGCAAAGAUGCGCCCGCUGGCGAAAGCGGUCACCAAGAGCCUGGAGAUCGUGCGCAACCGGCUCCGGGAGCAGUGCCUUCGCAACAACAUCCCGAACAGUCCGACGCUACGGCUCGACUUUAACGACGCAGCCACCGAGCAGCUGUACGAAAGUCUGAAGAUCUUCGACCGGCUGUUCGCCGAGUUCGAGCUGGUGUACGUGAGCGCCAUGGUGCAGGUGAAGACGAAGCAGGAGUACGAGAUGCAGGAGUUGAUCUGCGUGCUGUUCUCCGAGACGCUGCAGCGUGCACUGAAGACGGGCCUGCUCGAGCAGGAGCAGGUCGACUCGUACGAUCCGGCUCUAAUGUUCUCCAUUCCACGGUUGGCCAUUAUCGCGGGGCUGGUUAUCUUUCGCGAUGGUCCACUCAACAUGGACCAGCCGGCGGACAACAUCUCCGAGAUGUUCCGUCCGUUCCGGAAGCUGUUGAUCAAGAUGCGUGACCUGCUGCACACGCUGACCAAGCACGAGCUGUACCAGCUGGAGAAGUUGCUCUGCACGAACGAGGAGAUACACAUGAGCGACCCGUUGAUCUGUGAUGAGGACCGUGCCGGGGGUGCGAAGGAGGGCGAAGACGUGCACGAACCGAUGGGUGAAAGCAGCGAGCAUGUGGUCAUUGUAACGACGACCACGGUCACGACGACAAUGGACGUUGCCGGUGACAAAGAAACCGACCCGACCGGUGGUGAUAGGAGCUCUCACGUAGUUAGUCAAUCGUUCGGUGUGGUUGGUGAGAACGGUACGGGAAGUAGUGGCAGUGGUACCAGCAGCAGCGGCAGCAGUACCAGUAGCACUAGUAACAACCGCACGCGGAAUCGUAACAACCAGCUCCUUCUUAGACAGCAAUCCUCCUCGCAGGGCGCACUACCCACGAUCACCUUCGAGGGCGAUCACCGAGAGGCUGCCUUGAAGGAGGAAGAAGACAAUAACAAUCCAGCCCACGGCGACGAGGGCGACGAUGAUGAUGAUGACGAUGACGACGAGCAGGAGAUGGAUGGGGAGGCUAGCCCAAAGAACCCACUAGCGAUGACGGACUGUGCCUCCGGGUAUCUCAUACCGAACACCAACUUUGGCAAUCUACUACAGACGAAUGAGGCUCCACUGACGGACAGUUUUAUCGCGACGGACGACGAAUUGCGGUUGCUCACUGUGGAAGUGUCUCAGCUCGAAGUAUCCUCACCAACGACGCGUGCAAACAUCGAGAGUAUGCUAGCGACUUCCCCCCAUGGCGUAGGUGUUGUUUCGCCAGCUAUCACACCCGGUCAACAGCCCACCGUUGAGUCGGACUCGGGUCACGGUACGGCGUCCCACAGCACCGACAUGUCACCCGAGAUGGAAAGCGAACGGGCGAUGGUAUUUGGUGGCGUUGUUCCAACAACUGUAGCCGUAACGACGACAAUAGAGAGCGGCACGAAAGUCCUACGCCGUUCGAGAAGUGCAAGCCUACAGAAGACGUCGAGAGACGCACGAAAGCCGUCGGAAAUAAGCGAGUCCUCAAGCGACGAUGAGGAAGAAGAUGAGCAGAUGGAAGCCGACGUUGAUGCCGAUGACGACGACGACGAUGACGACGGUCUGACGGAGGGAGCGAAGCAGACGCUGGGAAGCGUGUCGGUAGAAACUCAUCCCAAUGCUGCCAACGAUGUCUCCGGUCUGGUGACUGGAUCCGGCCAAACGACGAAACAUCCGCAACACAAUCACCAUCGCAAGCAGCACCACCAUCGGCCGCGGGCAUCGACGUCAUCGUCGGUGUCCACGCGCAAAUCCCAAUCGUCCUCCCAUCACCAUCAUCAUCAUCAUCACCAUCAUCACCACCAUUCCUACGCCGCGUCUGGUGAUGGUACUGCUGCGACUUCCGGGCCCACUGCAACGACCGGCACCAGCACCUCCAAUGGCGGCAACGGUCGUUACAAUCGAUCGCAUCAGAAGCAGCAGCAAUGCGUGUCCUCCUCCAGCUGUGAUACUUCACCGACGCAAAGUGAAUGCAGCGAUGCGCACGAGGUGACGUUGGCCAUCCGAGCGGCCGGCCGAAAUAAGUUUAAGACAACGGAGAACCUUCUGCAUCGAUUGUUCGUGUGUAUCGCGGGCGUCGCCGAUCAGCUGCAGACAAACUUUGCGGCCGAUCUGCGAAAGAUGUUGAAGAGCGUGUUCAUCAUGAACUCGUCGCCACCCGAGCCGGAGGAACCGCCGGAGACGAGCGGCAGUGAUGAGGAAUCGAAGGACAGCCAGCAUCCGUCGGAUCUGUUCGAGUUUCGCGCGAGCGAGCAGGACGUGAUCACGGCCGACCAGAACCACAGCGGUGGCUCGAGCCAGAGCAUCUACUCGGCCGAGGAGGCAAACCCCGAGCAGGAUUCGGUGUUUGCGUCGUCGGGCGAUUCGUCCCCGGUGCGUCGUACGGCCAGCGUCGAAAGUGGCAACGUUACCGUGAACGUGUCCGUGUCGGUUGUGACGUCAUCGCCCGGAGGAAGCGGUGGCCAUUCGACCGGCACCGGCGGAACCCGUACGGCACAGGAGCGUAGCGUCAGUUUGAGCGAAGCGUGCAUUGUGGUGGAGGGAAGCAAAGCGUCCUCCCGGCGGCACAGUGCCAGCGGGUCGAAGGGUGACUUUGGCCGCAGCCGAAGCAGCCCCAACAGUCCAAUCAAUAGCAAUAGCAAUGGGGGAAGUGGCAAUCAGGGCUCCACCGCGAUGCAUGCCUCUCCGUCUGGACGGGAACUGCACAUUGAACAGCAGCGGAGGAUGCCGGAGGAACCGCCACGGUGGAUUCCGGACUGUGACGCGCCCCGGUGCAUGUCGUGUGCGUCAGCUUUUACGCCGUUCCGUAGGCGGCAUCACUGCCGCAACUGUGGCGGAGUGUUCUGUGGCAUUUGCUCCAAUGUGUCCGCCCCGCUGCCAAAGUACGGCCUCACAAAAGCCGUCCGUGUGUGUCGGGAUUGUUUCGUGCGGGAAGUCGGCGUUUAAUUUCUUAUUCACACCCCAUAGGGGUCUUUCCUCAUUUGCUCUUCCCAUUUUGUCCCUCGCGACGUUGAUUGUGUUUUAUAUAAUACCCUUUUUUCUAUCGAUUUGACCACAUCCCUGACGAGUCGAAACUACACGUGUUUCAACUAUUGUCCCAGAACUGUCCAACAAUGUAUUGUUUUUACUCGUACCGUUUUGUGAUAAUCUUUCACCAUUAUUUGACCGUUGCGCGUUGACACGCUGUGGAAGUGUUUUCUUCAUUAUGAAUAUCUUUGUACUUGUUUUCUGUUUGUUGGAUUUUUACUUAUUAUUUUGUUCCACACGUCUUCUGUGUCCUUCUGUCGGAUAAAAUUGUAUAAAAUGUUCCAUGUCACAAAAGUUGACGGCAUUACCCGAGGUUACUGCAGCAGCAGCCACUACCGGGCCAGAUUGUAUGCGAUAGCGAAAAUGUGACCAAUUCAUGACACCAAGAAAACAGCUCCUCAAACCACGGGGGAGACCCAUCUAAUGAUAAAAAGGCAAACAAAAAAAACCUUCGCUGUUGAUGAUUGGAAUCGAAUAUAAGAAAAGAGAAAAUUAAUGGACGAAGAAAAAUGUUGUUUGAUCAAAACGUAUAUUCCAUAACAUGAAAAAAGUACCCCCAACGAAUAACCGAACCACUGCUAUAAGUCGAUACGUCGAUACGAUAGGCGUCACAUUCCCAGGACAAGGGCGAAGGGUGAAAAAGUCCUCUCCUUCUUUUGCUGUACUUUUGGCAUCAAUUAAAUGAACUGCGAAGACUUUGUUAUAAGAAACUCUCUCUUUUUUUCUCUUACCCAUGCCAAUCGUUCGCAUUUUGGGUUACGGUGCGUGGUUUUGUUUGUGUAUACAAUUAAAAGAAAAGCAAAGAAAUGUAGUCAUUUAGUCAAAUUUAAAUCGACCAGGCAAAUUUAAAUCGAAAUUGAGUGAUUCUGUUGUUUAUGUUGCUUUUUUUUAUUAUUAUCUACAUUCGAUUAGGAAGUUUUUCGACCAUUUUCGUCCAUCCUGCGAUCAUAAUAAAUUUACCUAGAUAACGAUAUUCGCGCCGGCGCUUACCCGGUGGCUUCAUACUGCUAGAUCGGGCGAAUAGAAAAACGAACCAUCUCGCUCGCGUGGUUGGUACGGUUGAGCAAAAGCGUACCGUUUAGUGAAUGCAAGCUGAACAGGCUAGUUCUUUCUAUUGCUUCAAAAGUUUCCAGAAAGAAGAAAAACAAAUAACCAAGUAUGUACGAAGGGGCCGGCAGGCAAAAAAUACAAAUGAAAACCACAGCAAAACGUAAAAGCGUGCGUAAACACGGAAAUAUUGAUACGAGUGUAUAUGAAUUGCGAUGAGAAACGUACAGGAACGAACUGUAAUUUGUGCAAGGAAGCGCGAAACCUUCAUUUGGGUGAUAUCUAUAUAAAUAUAUUUUUAAAAAUUGAUACAACUAAAGUAAAAACAAAAAUAUUGUCGACAAAAGUCAGUGACAAAUAAAAACAGAAAUAACAACAACGGGAUUAGAAGAUCCGAUGCGAAGGCAAUGGAACUACGUCAUGGAGCAAUAGUAUGUAGGGACAGUGUGCUACACGGUCGGGUCCGUUUGUUAUCCACGUGGAGAGCGGAAAUGAAAACAAAUAAAAACAACAUAAACAAUUAAAAUUUAUGCUUGAGUUCACGAUUCCACAGAGUUAAAUCGAAAAAAAAAAACAAUAAACGCAAAGACGAGUUAUGCU